AUGAAAUUUUCUGAAUUUGUCCAAUUUUUGGGCCAUUUCCGCCCUUCUGCUCCAACCUUCACCGAAAAGGAUUAUCCUGACCAAACUGGCAGAGUGUUUAUUGUUACCGGUGGUCCUACUGGUAUCGGCUAUCAUGUCUCCAGAUAUCUUUUGCAAAAAAAUGCUAAAGUCUGGGUUGUAGCCAGAAGCCAAACUAAGGUGGAUGCUGCUAUCACUCAAUUUAAGAAAGAGAUGCCAAACUGUAAUGUCGAUUUCUUUUUGGUCGACUUUUCCGAUCUUGCUACCAUCAAGCCUGGUGUACAAAAAUUCUUGGACACUGAAUCUCGUUUGGACGGUGUUUUUCAUAAUGCAGGUGUCAUGGUUCCUCCCAAUGGUUCUAAGACAACACAAGGUUAUGAAUUGCAACUGGGUGUCAACUGUGUUGGUCCAUUUUUACUUCAAAAAUAUUUAGAUGAUAUUAUUAUCAAGACGGCCAAGAUCUCACCUCCAAACUCCACUAGAAUCGUGUGGGUAUCUUCGUCGGGUCAUGGCUUUUCGCCGAAGGCUGGUAUUCAGUGGGAUAACAUCAACUUCGAAAAGCUAAAUAAACCAUGGAAGGCAUACGGACAGAGCAAGGCUAUCAAUGUCUACCAGGGUAUUUUGUGGCCCAAGAAGCAUGCUGGCUCUGGUGUUGUUUCACUAAGUGCGCACCCAGGAAAUCUCAAGUCUGAGCUGCAACGUAACACCUCGGCCGCCAUGAACAUCCUCCUCUACCCUGCUAAUUACGGUGCUUACACUGAGCUCUAUGGCGCCCUACACCCAUCCCUUACUACUAAGGACAAUGGUUCCUAUCUAAUUCCCUGGGGCAAGAAGGGUGUUGCCAGAAGCGACAUUGUUGAGGGUGCCAACGGCAAGAACGGAGAGAGGCUCUGGAACUGGCUCGAAGAGCAGGUUGCUCCGUACUACAACUAA